AUAUUCUGGCUGGAUUAAAAAUUAAUCCUUCGUUUUUCCCAAGACACCUUUUUUCUUUUUUGUCAGUAUUGUUUCACAAGUCGAGAGUUUUUCGAAAAUAAAUAAAUCUCGAAGAACUAGUCGCCAUCUGUCGUCGCAUUUUACAAAGAUUUCAAGAAAAGAGCCGGUGUUUUCACACCUCAAUUUCUCAUCACUGUCCUUCCAUGAUCUGAGGAAUUAUAAAUCUGUCAUUUAUGUGGAUAUUUUGGGCGAAUUUGAUUUGAGACUCGAAAUAUGGCCAGUUCCACAAGCAACAACAGGAAUGGGUUAUAUGAUUUUAAAGUCGUGUUGCUCGGUGAAGGAUGUGUUGGGAAAACCUCAGUUGCUCUGCGAUAUGUGGAAGAUAAAUUCAAUGACAAACAUAUUUCCACGGUUCCCACUAUUCAGGCGUCAUACCUGAAGAAAAAGUUAAAUAUCAGCGGAAAGAGGGUAAAUCUUGCAAUAUGGGACACAGCAGGACAGGAAAAAUUUCAUUCCUUAGGACCAAUUUAUUAUCGAAUGUCAAAUGGAGCAAUUCUAGUCUACGACAUAACGGAUAAAGCGUCAUUUCAAAAAGUAAAGAACUGGGUGAAGGAACUAAAAAAAAUGCUGGGAAGUGAUAUUUGCCUGGCAAUAGCUGGAAAUAAGGUCGAUUUAGAAAAGGAGAGGAAUGUCUCUAUAGAAGAAGCAGAAGAGUAUGCAAACCAAGUUGGUGCUUCUCACUUCAGUACGUCAGCCAAAUUAAAUCAGAACAUAGAGGAGAUGUUUUUUGACUUGACAAAGCGUAUGAUGGCCCAUAAAGACGAGAUUGAAGAAUUGUCAACUCUCACAAGAACCAACAGCACUAGACGCAAUGUCGUUGUUGUAGAAGAUGAAUCAGAAGAAAGCCAACCAGCCAAAAGUUCGUGUUGUGGUGGUUCAUCGCAGAGCUCGUAAUUUUAAUUUCGGAAAACAAAAAAAAAAGAAAAAA